UCCCCUUUCCGCGGUGACACUGAUCGCCUCUCGCAUUCUCGCUCCUUCGUCGGUUUGUCUCACACGGUUCCAUGCCUCCUUUGUCCCUCUACAAUGUCUUAGGACCUACUGGUUUGCAUCUUCUCCUCACAUAAUGUAUAUCAUUAUGUGCAGCCGGGGGCGGCCUGUCAUCACAAUGUGCAUAUAUCCAUCUGUGUCUGAAUAGUAUAAGUUCUUACCUAUCAUGCCUGCCAUGGCGCUCAUACCGUCUCAACCUCUUUCCAAAGAGAUACAGACUAACAGUUGCAAGAUGUCCGGCACUAUUGACUUGUGUUCCGCUUACGCGGAACCGCCACAGUUUACAUUCGUCAUCGACUUGGAGACUCCCCCUUCUUCCCCGGAAAUAGAGGCUGAGGAGUCCGACGAUGAGGUCGAAGAGUUUGAGCUGAACGCUGAACCUACUCCAGAAUGCACGUCGAUGAUAAUGCCGCCUCGCCAGCCAACCAAACUGGAGCGCCUCGUCGAUAGCCUCCGCAAUGCUAAAGCGCACGGCCUGUCAGCAAACAACCAGUCCGCCCUGGAGCAACUGAUCAUGGACCACCUGCACACCAACCCAGUCACCGUCGCAGACGUUGAGCUCCUAAUCCCAGCCUUCAACCGUCGCUUCUCCCUCACGAACAAGCUCGCAAUAAACAUAGGCCUGUUCCACUCUCGCGGCCACAUCUCCGCCUCCAGCCUCGAAGCCAUGCAGCUGCACAUCCUCGCCCAGGGCGACCCGCACAACGUCGUCUUCACCCGCGUCGGCGAGAAACUCGAGCGCUUCCAGCGCGAGAAAACAGCCCGUGAGAUGACGCACAUGCGCUCGUCCAAAGCACGCCGGUUCUACGACCGCCGCCAGCUCAAUGAGCGCGAGACGCAGCUGCGCCGCGCGGAAAAGGAGAAGCGCGACGUGGAACAGCGGUUGCGCUCGAUGCCGGAAGAAUGGCACCAGCCCGUUGAGAACGCGUCCUUUUUGCCGUAUGGGGUGAACACGACGGCGGAGCUGUUUGCGGAGCUGGUGGAGGUGGACUACGAGGGCGCGAUGGAGCUGCAGAAUCUUGCGGAGGCGUGGGAAAAGGGUCGGGGGAAGAAGAAGACGCUGGAGAAGAACAUUGCUCAGUGCUGCUGUGACGCGGAUGAUUGGCGGAAAGUGAUGCAGGCGACUGAGGAUGCGUUGCGGGAGAACGUGCCUCCAGCCGUAUGUCCGCAGUCUGUUCCCUCCUCCUCCUCCUCCCUCUUCCCCCCUUGUGAGGAAAAUGCUCGACCAAAGGUCAACAUCCCGGCACCGCCUCGCCACAAUUAUCACACCCUCCCUCCUCCUCCACCGAACCUCUGCCUCCUCCUUCUUCUUCUCGAACAGCAGAAGAACCGCAGGCAGACGAAGACGGUGUGGCCGUGGCCGAAGACGUGUGGAUUGUCCAACCAUCUGUUCCGCCAGCCGCGAGGCGAGCCGGUGAAGGUCCGUCUUCCGCCCAAACCAUCAACAGCUGCUACGCCGCCCGCGGCGAGCCCUGGAGCGGGCAAGCUGCCUGUGCGCCACCAGCUCUCCCCUUUGAUUGCUGUCCCGCGGUGUUUUGAGAAGCCGCCGCCGCCGCCGCGUUGACUAUGCGGCGGACGAGGCUUUUGUGUUGCCCU